AUGGCCGGUCGAGCUCCCAUUGUUGUGCCUGCGCUGAAGCGACACACAGCCACCGUUAUCGUUGCCCAUGGCCUCGGUGACAGUGGGGCUGGCUGGCUCUUCCUCGCCGAGAACUACCGACGACGAUCUGUCUUCGAGGAAGUUGCAUUUGUCUUCCCUAAUGCGCCCAACAUUCCCAUCACCCUGAAUAUGGGCAUGCAGAUGCCAGGAUGGUACGACAUAAAGUCGCUUAGCACCCUCCAAGACCGCGAAGAAGACGAACAGGGUAUUCUCAAGUCGCGAGACUACUUCCACUCCCUCAUCGACGCCGAGGUCGCCAAAGGCAUACCCGCGAACCGCGUAGUCAUUGGAGGCUUCUCACAGGGCGGCGCAAUGGCGCUGUUCUCUGGAACGACCUACAAGGAGCAACUGGGGGGCAUAUUUGGCCUGAGCUGUUACUUGCUCCUGCAGAAGCGCAUCAAGAACCUGAUACCGGAGAACAGCCCGAAUCAGAAGACACCAAUCUUCAUGGGUCAUGGCGACAGCGACCAGGUAGUAGCAUAUAAGUAUGGCCAGAUGAGCGCCAAUGCCCUCACCGAGAUGGGCUACAACGUGGACUUCAGGACAUACAAGGGCCUCAUCCACUCCGCUGACGAGGAAGAGCUCGACCAUCUCGAAGCGUAUCUGACCCAGCAAUUACCCGCUGUUGGCGACAAGAAGCCUGAGCAGUCGCUCUGA